AUGUCUGCACCGGGAGACGAACUACCAUACAAGACCGUCAACGGCAUCGCAGUCCCUCGUCUGCGAUCACGUAACGACUGGCCGAUGUGGAAAGAGUACAUUGAGAAAACUGCCAAGAUUUGUGGCGUUUGGGAAUAUUGCGACCCAGCCAACACAGCAGAGGAAUACCGAGAAAAGAAGGCUACACUUUCUGAGCCUACCUUCAAGGCAGUUCGCCAAGAUGCAUGGUCGAUCACUGGUCGUGAUGAUGCGGAGUUCAAGAAACCCCACUUAUUGGUCAUAGAGUACAGGGAAAAGAAGGCUGAACUCGCCAAGAAACGAGACGCUAUCGGUGCCAUCAAGAAGCUCAUUGACCGCUCAGCGUCCCCAAAAUACGAAAAAUACAUUACGGGCGUGAAUCCAUAUCGCCAACUGACGGCACUCUCCAAGGUCUUCAGCAGCCCAUCUAUUGAAGAUAUCAAUCAGAUAUCCUCGGAAUGGCUCGCACUCCAGCAGCUGGGAGAAAACGCUGAUAUCCAAGACUAUGUGACUCGCUGGAAAGUCCUCUUCAAAAAAUGUCUCGACCUCAAUUUGGUGAAAGGCUCUCAAGAGGAAGCUCUCGGAAAGAGUUUGAUGGAUUCUCAGAAUCUGGCUACAAUGUGGAAGCCUCUCCAGUUCCAGAGUUGGUUUGAGCAAGCCGGAAUCUUAGAUCUUGAUACAGAAGAUGCGGAUACCUGGGUCCCAGCGCUGGAGCUCAAUACCGAAGCCGAUGGUAAGAGCCAAGAUGAGGACGAAAACUGCGACGAUUCGUGGACCAGCGAAGCAGUGGAACACUCAGACGAUGAAGGUGAAGACGCGUGGUGA